UCGGGCUGCUUCGCGCUCCCAGGGGAUUUGGUCCCCGUGCCUUACACGUGGCCAACGCGCCCCUUUGCUCGAGGCAGGACUCUGCGGCGGAGCUGUCCGUGGUGCUGACCCGUGAGCCCAGCCCCAGCACAGCUCGCCCGGGGAGGGGGCAGGUGGGACAAGGGCUGGCCCAGAGCCUGCUGGCCGGGGAGCUGCUCGGAGCGCAGACACAGCAGCGGUUCCGCUCACUGCCGGCCGUGCUCCGGGGAAGGCGAAGGGCUGGGGCUGCAGGCGGCAAGCGGCGCUCGUGGCUGGGAUCGCGGGCGAAGCGAGCCUCCCGCCUGGCGUGGCUGGGAGGGGACCGGAGCCGGGGCUGCGGGAGCUGCAGGUGGCUGGGUCCUGCCGACAGCCUCGCGCUGCAGCCGAGGGGAAGGGGGGCGGAUUGGGCGCAGCGCGGCUGGCCGCGCUCAGUGCCGGGGCUGUCCCCGUCAGGAGCUAGGCAGCCGGAGACUCAAGGCAGCAGCACCAUGAAGAUCAAGUUAAGUGGCCUCGCCGUGUUCGUGGCCCUGGCGGGCGUGUUAAGUUUCAUCUUCCUGGUGGUAGCCAUAGGGACCGACUUCUGGUACAUCAUCGAUGCCUCCAAACUGGAGCGGUCAAACAAUUCCUCGGGGGCGCUGAGCUCGCACUCGGGACUCUGGCGGACCUGCAGACCUAGGAGCAAAUGCUUCCCUUUGAUGAACCCUUUCUGGUACGAGAACAUAAACAUGACUGCUUCGCACAAACAACUCUUAAACAUGCAUGGGACAUUUGUAAUCCUGCUGCCUCUCAGCCUGAUCCUGAUGAUUUUUGGAGGAAUGACUGGAUUUAUUAGUAUUCUUGCCAGGGCCUACCUGCUGCUUCUAAUGACGGGAUGGCUUUUUCUUUUUGGAGGCCUUGUUACGCUCACUGGGAUCAGUGUCUACGUCGCAUACUCAGCGGCUGCCUUCAAGGAAGCUCUCUGCCUUUUGGGAAGGAACAAUCUCUUGGAGGAAGUUGACAUCAAGUUUGGCUGGUCUUUGGUGCUUGUGUGGGUCUCCUUCAUUGCAGAGGUGCUGACUGGGGCAGCGUUCCUGCUGGCUGCCCGAGUGGUAGGCCUCAAACAGAGACGGGAGCAGAGGAUCUGAAGCAGCAAUGCAGCCUAAUGAUAAUGUGGAAUCUAACAAGGUGAACUGACUGUGGAUAAGAAGAAUGGCAAAGCUACUCCUGAGCGUACCAUGCUGCUCAGCUAGCUCGUCUCUUAACCAAUGUGCAGUGCUCACUAUGGCAACAGUUCAUUGUUAAAUGUUAAUGAGGUGACCUUUGUGUCUUUAAAAGAAAAUAAAUGGUGUGUAUUUAGUGCUCACUAGACAAGC